CGCUGCAAAGAUGCUUUUUGCCCUGGCAGAGCGAAUUUAAGAAGAGAUGGUACUUUCCAAAUUACCUUUGAGCAUCAAUGUCGCCUAAAUCCUGAAGCAGUUGAACACUAUACAUUUAGAGAGGAAUUACAUGAACGAAUUAAUACUGUCGAUGAAUAUCCUAAUGCCACUUAUUAUCAAGUCGCAGAGAGACAUCAAAAUGCCAGUGCUAACUUUCCUUAUGCUUCGAUGGAGAGCACGUUGAAUCGUUGGCGCCAAAAGACGCGUCCUCGUAAACCAAGAAAUCUUCCUGAUUACACGUCACUUCUAUCUGAAGAUGAAUGGAAGAGAAAAUACUUAGUUUAUAAAGGGGGAGAACUGAGUGUGACGACAAUUGCAGCAGGAGCUAGCAAUUUUGUCACUAUUUACGCAGAUAGAACGUUACUUAGCCUCCUACAACCUCGUCAGAAGCUCAAUAUUGAUGCGACCUUCGCUGUGUGUCCUAGCAGUCCAAAAGUCACACAGUUAUUAACAGUCAUAGGAACAAUAAAUGACGAGAAAGUUCCGAUUAUAUGGGCUUUGAUGACAAAAAAAAAUACCCAGGCAUAUCAGGCAUUUUUCCAGUAUUUUAAAAAUCACCUCGCCCCGAAUCUGCAGCCUCAUACAUUCUUCGUCGAUUUUGAACAAGCUCUCACCAAUGUAAUCCGUGAAUUUUAUCCAAAUGCUCGCAUUGUUCACUGUUUCUUCCAUCAUAUUCAGGCACUGACGAAAAAAUUAGCAUCUUUAAAAGGGAAAAAGAAAAUCCACAGAAAUAUGAAGAUCUGCCCAAGGGCUAAACUUUUUCUUCGAAAAAUUAUGGCUUUAGCUCUUCUUCCAUUUGACCGAAUCGAAGGAGCAUAUCAAAAUCUCAUUGCUGACACAGACCUGGAUUUACGCACAUAUUUUGCCUCAUUCCUACAAUACUACGAGCAGUAUUGGAUUCAACAGUGUCGCCCAGAAAAUUACUCAGUGUAUGGAUUAUCCAAAAGGACCAAUAAUGAUAUAGAGGCCUAUCAUCGAACACUAUGGGAGAAGCUUGGAUUGAAACCAGAUAUUUGGGUAUUCACUGCGCAACUGCGAUCUCUUUUAGUCGAAGUCAAAUUAAAAAUUGCAGCAUCCAACAGAGGUCAUCGGAUCACUCGAACGACAGAGCAUAAAUAUUUAGUCCGACAGGAUAUUCUUGCUAGAAUUUGGGAACUUUAUGAGGCGAAUGAACUGAAUGACAAGAAGUUGUUGAUUGCAUCAAGUCACUUGAUUCGAGCCUUUGGAGCUGAUGGAAUCAUGCGCACUGUUCAUGAAGUCAACAAUUUCAUCAACACAGAAGCGUACGAAGAUAUAGUGCGAUUAUUUCCCACUCUGCAUCGUUACACUGUUGAUAAGCAAGGCCCAUUAGUGGACGGUUCAUUAACAGUAACAAGGCAUCAAGUACACCGUUUUGGAUGCCUUUCAUGCAAUGUUCAGCGUCUGGCGAACCAUUUAUGCCCUGAGUGCUUAGCUUGGUAUUCAUGUGAGAGUUGCCUAGCAAGAGAUAAUGCAACCGCAAGAAAUCUCAAUGCCCUCAUCAUGUGUUCUGAAUGUCGCAAUAUAAUAGAGCAAUUUUCCAGGAUACAUGAAGAAAUAACCCUGUAAAUAAUAAAAACUUU